AGAGGUGGAGUAGUCACGUGGUCACAGAUUGUGAUCGCUGGUUUCCUGGAACAAAACAAAACAAAGCUGACAGCUGAGCAGCUGACCAGCUGUCAGCCCGGGUCCUCACCUCGACGUGUUGAAAUCUUGUUUUUUUUAAACAUUUAAGCGACAUUACGGAAAAGUUAGUGGACCGUCGGCGGAUGAAAUUACAGCUACGCCUUAGCUUCGCUUAGCUUAGCCUCGUUAGGACGGACCUCUUCAGGUGUUUGGCUUCAGCAGCAAAAACUGGUUUCGUUUUUUAAUAAUAAUAAUAAUAAUAAUGUAUUCUCCCGGUGUUAUCUCCACGCUAAGACACGUGCCGGGUGUUGCUUUGCUUUCCUCCGCCACCGCCGUGAGAGAGUGUUUUGUUUACAACCAGUGACUCGUGUUUAUCUCGACAACACAGGCAGCAGCUCGCUGUUUAUCGCCGGACAGACCUCGAUGUUUAUGUUGCAUGAGGGCCGUUUUUAGCUGAUCAGCUUCCACCACCGAUCAGCUGAUUGUCAAUGUGUGUUGUGGUGUGAGCUGACAUUUAAGAUGGAGGCUGUAAGGCCGAAGAAGAGCAAGGCUAAAAGCAGUGGGAAAUCUCAGCUCAUCAGGAAACAGAAGCAGGCAGAUGAGGACAAAAGAGCCACAGUUUCCUCGGCUGUCUGUGAAGACGCCUCGGGCUUCACAGACAUCCCCCUCAGUCUGCCAUAUCAAAACCCAGAGGAGGAGGAGGAGGAAAAGCAAGAGCCUGUUGUGCCCCCUGAGACCACAACGCAGCCAUCACCUCUGCCCUCUGAAAAACAGCAAACCUCCUCAUCACGUACUUUAUUCACACCAACCAAGUCAAAAGAGGAGGAUGGAGCCGUGGCAGCUCAGGGAGCUGAGCUCAAAGUUGCAGCACAGACCACUGUGUUGGAAAAAGACACACGUUCAUGGAGUCAGCCUUGUGUUUCAACUCAGUUUCAGAUCCCAAAUGCCCCGAGCGCCCCUGCGCUGUAUCCCUCCCUCCCAGCACUGGAGGAGGGCCCCGUGAUACAGCUCUGUGAGGAAUCUGUGAAAAACAGGGAAAAGGGACCUGCGGUGCUGGCACUUCCUGAGCAGGAGUCUUCCCCUCCGAGUUUGCAGCCUCUGGAGUCUGUAGCUGAACUUUCUAGAAGCAAACUCUACCCUGAAUUACCCAAGACAGCUCCGGAGAUUCAGCCGUUCUCACUGGAGCAGCUGAGCGUCUGGGAGCCAAGCGGAGGUGUGCGAGUGUGGUUAGAGGGUGUCGAAGUUUGUGCAGCCCAGUUCUGCGCUCUAGCCCGACAGGAGAACCACGAGCUGACCGAACUGCUGCAGAACUACUGGCGUUGUCGUAGACAGCUGACCCAGUCACACACACAGCUACACACUCAGUCCUCUGACUGCAAGAGCACGCAGAAUCGUCUCUGGAGCUUCAGAGAUGAGCAGCUUACACUACAGGGUGUCUGUGCAGAUCAGUCUAAGGUGUGUGGGUACCACCGUUUCCAGCAGGCAGACUUCAGUCAGAGUGUGCUAGGUGAGCUGAGGAGACUGUUUGAAGCUCGCAGUGAGCUGCUCCACCAGAAGGUGGCGCUACAUGCGUACACUGCUCUGCUGUCACGUCUCCAGGUGGAAUCAUACUUAUAUCGCCUACUAAAAGAUUGUUCCGGCAGCCAAACACAGCCUUGUUCUCUCCAACCCCUGAAAGAAGCCAUCAGCGUCCUGUUUAGCUUCACACGUAGAGUCCUGGAUGACACACAGUUCCAGACAGACAUCCAUCACUGGCUGGAUAGAUUGGUGGCAGUCCUGCUGCGUGUUGAAGGGUCAGGAGAGCACCUGUACCUCCUGUGCCAUCUUCUGUGCUGUCCUGCCGGGGUUGGCAAGUGGGCUGCACCCUUCCUUCAGAUCCAAGUUUUGGGAAACACCUGUGGAGUACAGCACUUUAUGCAAGCUCUGGCCAUCCUAAUGUCGCCUGCCAGACACCGUGCAGAGUUUCUGGGACAUCUGAAGCCAUGUGAGAGCCAGAGCUCGGGAGCUUCUGAACCUGAGUCUGGCAACUGGACACUUGUGGAUGAAGGCGGAGAGGAGGAUGAGGACCCAGAGAGCAGCUGGUUGUUGCUCUGCGAGGAGGAUCUCAUCUCCCUGCUCACCCAGUUCCCAUUCCAGCAACUUUAUUCACACAUGUUGGGCAUGAGCAAACCAGGUGUGUACGAACCCCUGGCCCGAUCCAGUCAGAAGAUGAUGCGUGUUUUUGGCUUUGCUUCCUCACUUAUUGAAAUUCUCGCCCUUGGACUACAAACCUACAACAGAGCACGAUACAGACAGCUAGUUAAACGGAUAGGACACAUCAUACGAAUGACGGUGUGUUAUGUCAGUGAUCACUGGGCCCAGUAUGUGAGUUUAACUGGUGCUGGUGGAUCCAGCUCUCACACUCUGUCUCUGGACAAACUACAGCUGGAGUACGACCAUCUCUUCCUGAGAGCUGUUUUGCAUGUACUCAGAAACAAAAGGUUGGGCAUUUGGUUGUUUAUGUCCGAGAUGCCUUACGGGACUCUGUCUAGCUCAAUGCUUUGGAGGGUCCUUUAUGUUAUGCAGUGUGCAGAGACAGCAGGACUGGAAACACUUGGCGCUGCUAGUGACACACACUCCUGCAUCCAGGCUCUUAGAGACCCAGAGCAUCAAGCGAGGUUUGAACACUGGCUGUGUGAGGUUAACAGCUCUGAUGGCAUCUCCCUCCUCACCGCACUAGCACACAUGGCCACACCUACUCAGCACUCUGACCCUGCAUUCAUCACAACCAUAACCCUGCUGAUCUACCAGGUGUCUUAUGUGAGCGUCUCCACGAGAGAAACUUACUCUAAAGUCGGGAGAGAGUUGCUCGCUGCCAUAGCAACAGUCCAUCCCUACGUUGUGUCUGUGCUCCUAGAGAGACUGAGAGAGACCAUACAGACCGUAGGAAUGGUGGCUCUGUAUUUGUGCAAAGAGCUGCCUUUGAGUCUGUGGCGGCCACGGCCUGAGGAGAUCUGUGUGAUCGGGACGUGGUUGCUCCAGCAUCCCCUGUCUGCUGUGGAGAACCGGCUGGCUUGUGUCAUACUGGAGGGUCUGAACUGGGGUUACACACAGGAUGGCUCCUUGGCCCUGUCCUCAUCACUCCACAGUGAAGUGGCUCUGCUGGUGGCUGAAGCCUAUCAGAAGUAUCUUACUGACAAACCGUACAGUGGCCUCAUAUCAGAGGGAAUCAAACAGGUGUCGUACCUUGCCAGUGUCCUUCGUUUGGGAGUAUCUCCUGAAGCAUCCUUUAGUCAGUGGGCUUGGCAACUGUUGCUAAGGCUGAAGCUCCACGGCAAUGCCCAGAACCCUAAAGCAGCCUGGUCUGUCCCUGCUUUGACGUCCAAUCCACCUCCAGAGCUUACACACAGUCCCAGCAUGCACUCCGUUAUCAGGGCUGUGAAAGCAGGCAUUCCUAUUGGAUGCUACCUGUCCAUUGCCAUGACACAAGUGGGGCAUAGUCUGGAACACUUUUGUACCGAUGGAGUCGGGUUGUUGAAAAGUUUGAUUCAGUCUCGCCACUUGAGAGCAGCUGUGCAUCUUCUGGACAACAUCCUACCCCCAACCUACCCUCUCAGCUUCUACCUGCUCAACAACUCUCAGUUCGUAAGCUGCAUCCAGUUGUUCCUGCAGUACGACAGCGUGUGUCCUCAAGGCGUGACGCAGCAGGUCACUCACCGGGUGGCACCACUCCUCACUGGAACCACCUAUGGAGACAAUGUCCGGCUGCUGAACAGUGUCAUUCAGAGUCACGUGGUGGAGAGUUCACAGCCCAGUCGUGUCGGUGCUGCAGCAGUGCUGGAGUUUUGGGUUGGGAUUUUGACUCAGCAGAACCAGUGGUACCGGGACAAAACAGUCCUUUUCCUCAUGGAUCAGCUCUGCUGUGCUGCAUUCACACACCAUCAGGAGGAGUGUGUGCAGAAACUUCUGUACCAACAGCAUAAGAAUGCCUUGGGUUACCACGGAGAUAGGGGUCUGCUCUCCUCUCUGGUUGGCUGGAUUGCUGGAAAUGCCACGCCCUCAUUCAUAGAGGGCCAAUCCCUGAGCGCGGAGGUAUGGUUCGCUUGGCUGGUGCUGAAUAUGGAGGGCGUAUUUGAGGAUGAUUCUCAGCUGAGACGCUGUGUUGAAAAUGAGCUGCUGUCAGACCCCAGCGUUUCCCCAGAACAAGCCUUAAAGAAGGCACAGCAGAAGCUGAAGUUGCCAGUGGCACCAUCUCUGCAGCGGCUGCAGGUGUACCGUUGGGCUUCUCAGGCUUUGGCCACGCCUCCUGACCACCCACUCAUUCCCCUGGUCUGGCAAAAGUUCCUACAGUUCUACCUCAGACAGCCUGGACCUGAAUAUGGGCUGGCUGCAGGUGGAUGUAUCGGCCGAAGGUUCUUCCAGGCCUCUUCUCAGACCAAUUUGCUCAGAGACCUAAGACAGAGAAUACAGGAGGUGUCUGACUUCCACCACGCUGCCAGCCAGGCCCUCAGGGUGCCCCCGCCACACACGCCUUCAUCAGACAGCCAGGGUGACGAAAGCCCCGACAAUCCCCGUCCCCCUUACCUCACUUCUCCUCAGCUACACACAGAGCUGGUCAGGUUGUUUGGUGUAUUUGCCGUAUGGUUGGAUGACGAGACUCUGCAGAAGCAGGAAGUAUACCUUCCAUCUCUUCCUCCCGAGUAUGAAGCACACAGACUUGCACAGAUCAUGCAGCGGCAGCAGGAACUGUGGCUGGAGUAUGUGGACCAGGAGCGUCUGCAGUAUGAUGAGAGAGAGGUUCUGUCUCUGUGGGAAAAGGUGCAGAGUGAGCCAACCUUCCUGCAGGCUCAAAACCCUGGCUUCACUGACUACACCAGCCUCAGCAAUGCAAGGGAGCGUAUCCUGUCCAACCUGCAGAAGCAUCCAGUUCCUCAUCCACCACCGGAGCUGCAGAAGCAGAAGGCUCCGGUAGCUGAAGUCCCCAGCUCCUGCCUCACUGACUCUAAAGCUGCUGCUGAACUUGUACAGCAGGAUCUCACCAUCCUGCAGGACCAGGCCAGGAUUGCAGUGGCACGUGAAGCCCAGCAGGUGGCGAUGGAGCAGGAGUUGCUGGAGAGCCUUCCUCUGCUGUAUAAGAACCAACCAGAGCAGGUCACCAUGACCCUGGAGUGUAAAGGGAAGGGAGGGCAGCCUUGCCAGGGACCGGCAAACAUCACUGUCACAUGUGAGCGUGUCCAGAGACAGGAGGCAGUGCAGACUCAAAUAACAUCACUGCGCAGAGACAUCAAGAAGCUUCAAACGGACUCCAUGGCUCCUCCACCUCAAAGUCUGGCCCAGGCUGCUGUCCACACUGAGAACUUUAUCACAUCUCUGGUGAAUAUGUACAAGGCACAGAAAUCACCGGCAGUGCACCAUGUUGGCGUGUCUGCCUUCUACCAGGUAGUCUCCUAUGUGUGUGAAGACACGCUGCGACAUCCACCAACACGCCAGUACCUCUCCUCGUGUGUGGAGAUCCUGGGGCAGGUGUUCAUCCAGGGCAAUGCAGAGGAAUGUGGCCGUGUCCUGAAGACCAUCCUGGAACAGAGGCGUCUUUGUCCACUCAUUUCCCCGUUCUUCACUCCCAACGCAGCGCCCAAUCAACUCGUCUUUCUCUACCAAGACGUGGUGACGUCCUUACACCUCGACACCGCUGACGUCAUUUUCAUGCUCCUCACAAAGUUUGAUUUGUCUCACUGGUUGAACGAUGCCCAUCCUGUGUUUUCGGAGCGAACCCGUUUGCUGGAGUUGGUCCACGGAGCUCUCUGCGUCUGCGGCCGAGAUCCUGAGCCUGAACUUCUCACGCCUUUUCACCUCUUCACCAAACACUGGACUUGGCUUUUACGCCACCAUUUCCCUGAUCACUACAGUGACUGCCUGCGUCUGCUCAUGACCAGCUCCUCAAAUCAGUUACUGAGUCCUGAGUGCUGGAAGGUGACUCUACGGGUGCUGGGCUGUUUACCUCCAUCCCGCCAAACCAAGAGCAAAGCUGAACAAGUGCUCAGCACCACUGAUGUCUCCGGCCGUGUGGCUGGACCGCCUGCUUCUACCUACAGAUCCCCGAUCAGCCUCUCCCCUCAGCAGGUGGAUGAGACAGUUACUUGGCUGAGUGAUUACUUCCUGCGGAGUCGCCUCAGUAAGCCAGACCUCCGCAGCUUCGGCCUCUACUCAGCCUGGACUCCUUACAUCACUGAGGUUGUUUGCUUCUGGGAGCAUCUGAUUGGCUGUCUGAUCAGCGUGCAGCUCAACAGUUGUGCCAGAGAGCCAGUGGGCAGCAGCAAAACGAUGAAAGCUCUGCAGGACCUACACAGUAAGAUUGUGAAGUUAUUCAAGCCUUGGAUCUUUCCUCUGGACACCGAGGAUGGCGGUAACCUCAAGUGUUACCCCUGGCUGGAGACAGAUGCGAGCACAGCCGGAUGCCUGGUUGGCCUGUACACUCAACUCACCGACACGCUGCAUCACAAAUUCAGAGAUCGUCUGCUGCCCGGCCAGAGAGGUGCACUGUGGCUGUGUAUGAUGCAGUACUGUGAGAGCUGCACCGCUCCUCGUACACCUGAGUACCUUCUCUACCUUUACCACACACACCUCCACAGCCUGCCCUGGAGACACCUGCACCCUGACACUCAGCUAAUGGAGCAGCUCUUCAAUGUGGAGAGAGGAAGCCCCAAGAGCUGCUUCCUCUUUCUCGGAGAGGUGUUAUGUGAAGUUAACUGGGUCAGUGUUCUCAGUGACUUCUUGCAAACGCCCCCAACUUCUACAUCAUAUCCAACUCUACCGGACACUCAGAAGGAGUCACACACCAUGUUAGUCUAUCUGCUGUACAUGCUAGUUUUUCUAGCAAAGGAGGAACAACUCCUGAAUAAACAGGACUCCCCUCUGCUCAGUUUACUGGUCCAGUCCACCUCUUUGCCCUGGCACCAACUGGACCUGUCCUCAUACCAGGGCAUUCUGGGAUAUGUUAGCACCCACUACCCUCCCUCCGUGCUCCUCACUGCUGAUUCUUCGCCUCAGCUGCUGCUGAAAUCACUGCGUAGUGCUGCUGGGCUCCAUCCCCGCCCUAAUGAAGUUCCACACAGGGAGGAAACGCUGAAGGCUGCAGCGUACGUGUGCUGGUGUGUGCAGUCUUUGGUGACUUUGGAGCAAGGAGGCAGCAUCAGCCUCAGCAGCCUGGAGGCUCAGCUGGAGACACUUCUGGAGGGCGUCGUCACAUUCAAUCCACCUGAGACGGGUUUGGAGCAGAGGCACAUGGCGUUCUGCGGCCUGUUCAGCGACACUCUGGCGUUACUGAAUGGAGUGGGUGUGUCGACCGGCGAGGCACUCGCUGCUCAUGUCAUUACCUGGCUGGACAGGAAGGGGAGGGGCUUUCCUAUUCUGCCUCUGCUGACGGCUUGCUCUCGCUGUCUCGCAUCAGUGCGGCACAUGACACGCAUCAUGGAGGCAUGCAUUACAGCGUACUUCAACCAUGCUGACGAGGAGUCUGUAGGUUGGGGUCCUGUGUUGGCGUCUCUGCAGGUGCCUGAACUCACAGUGGAUGACUUCCUCUCUGAGAGCCAAUCAGGAGGCAGCUUCCUGACACUCUACGCCUUCAUCCUACAGCGCCUCAACACUGAAUACACAGCAGCCAAUGAGAGGAGGACUCUGGCUCUAAUCAACACAUGGACCACUCAGGUCUUCCCCAGUGGUCCAGGUGAUGAAGCCAAGCUGUUUCUUUGGUGGCACAAAGCACUGAAUCUGUCAGCGGAGCAGCUGCAGCCACAGUCAGGUCAGACUGAAGUGUCAGGAGUUGUCAUGGGUCUGUUGAGGUUGCAAACCAGACUUCUUCAGCUGGGAGAAGAAAGACUGAACUCUGGGCUGUUAGGAGCUAUAGGCCUGGGGAAGAGGUCCCCUGUUUCUAAUAGGUUCAGGGUGGUGGUACGCAGUCUGGCAGCAUUCCUGUCAGUCCAGGUGCAAUCAGAGACUGAGCUUCGACUUCAACCCGCCAGUGACUUGCAGCUCUCUGCGAAAGCACAGCAAACAUUGGGGAUGUUGGAGGCCAUGCCCAGCAAUAAACAAUACGCUGAGUUAGAGGACUCUGUGAAUAAAGCUGUCCAGUUCAUCCGCUACCCAGGACACUGUCUCAGAGAUGGACCCCGACUGCUGGCCCUGCUUGCCAACCUCCUAUACCCUGAACUCAGAUACCUGCACAUUAUCCGUUAGCCAUGAAUUAACCUGACACUGAGGCUGAAGAUUCAGGAUCGCUAGUUCUCUGUGGCAAUCGCAGUGACAGUAAACCUCUGUUCUGCACAGAGAAAAUCUUUCUGGAGCACAUUGUUUUCAAGUAGUGAAUCGCUAACACUGUUUAUAUCAACAAGAGCUACGCAUUUUAUCCGUCGGGACUUCAUGUGACAGAAGCUGACUGUUCAUCAGCGCUCGCUGCGCAUUUGUGAAAUCUACUUCUUGACUGGUUAAUGUUCAAGUGUCAUGAAAAACCUGCAGGAGCACAAGAAAUGUCAUGUGCUAACUUCUGAUCUUUACUCGCACUUUGCUUUCUUUUCUCAUGUUUAUGCCUUGUUGAUCUUUUAUAUAUAUAACUUGCCUGUUCUGUUCUUAGUUUGAGAGAAAGUUGCUCGUAUUUAUUGAAGCAUAAUUCAUGAAUCAGAAUUCAACACUUUUUGAGUUUUAGGUGUGAGUUUUCACACCGCUAUGUGGAAUCUAACAGGAAAAGGUUGGAGGGUCCACAGACUAUUUGGAGGAAGUUGAAGGACAUAUCUAAUCUAAUCUAUAAGUUUAGUAGUACCUUCUUAAAAUGGGGUGGGGGGACAUACCAGGAAAGCUGGUAGGCAGUGUUCAACGACUGAUACAUCUCCAGCUUUCUACAAGCUACAAUCUAGAAUCCAUAAUCAAUCCUAGCUACUGUACGAUACAGUGGCUGAAUACAUGUUUAGUAAGAGAACAUUUGCCAGUAUUAUUUUAAUGUUCAGCCAAAAGUGCUUUCCUUGUUUCUGCCAAAGAGAUUUUAGUUUCGUUUGCUCAGCUACUUAAAUCUUCUUGACCAUGAACUCUGGCUGUUUCAUUUGUCUCUGAAAAAGCACACGCACACUAGAAAGUACACGAAGUACGACGAACAAUGUGCUACACCACUUGGCUUCCUUAUUAAGUAGUGUGUGAUUCCAAGCUGCUGACACCGUUGGUAUUACUAAAUGAGCAGGCAUGUCGUGUUGUUGAUGCUGGUGUAUAACUGGACUUAAAUACACAAAUGGUACAUACUGGACAAUGUGAGGAUAAAGGCAGAUUGUAAUUCAGACCUCCACACUGUACUGUGCAUCCAAGACAAUUUUCACAUUUUAAUCAUCCUUGUCAGUUCACCGCUUCUGUUGCUGUGUGCCAUCUCAAUAAUAAUCAUGCUGCACUUCUGCAGCCUGAAGCUCGCCUUAUUGCGUGUGUUGUGGCGACUGUUAAUGUCAAAAGCAUUUUUAUUUUUUUUAUUUUUUUAUGAGUCAGUGAUCAGGAAUGGGUCUCCGGAGCUGCUGGAGGAGGGAGCUACAGAACAGGUCUGCACAAAAGCGAGAAGCUCAGUAAAGGGGACUGAAUGUUUCACAGCUGGUAUUCACCAAUCCAACCCAGAGAUUGGGAACCAAAUGUAGAACAUGGGGCCCCUGAGAGAAGAAGAAGACUGAUCUUAUACUUCCUGACCGGGUCACACACAGGGUGGGACUUUAGUGAACCACUGACAUAAACAAAGAGAUCCAAACAGCAACCUCUACAACAGGAGUUCUCAAAGUUUUCAUGACUGAUGCUAGUUUAGGGAGCCAGCAUAUGACUGAGGGAUACUUACGGAAACCUAUGAACUUGUAGGAUUUGUGAUUGGUGUCAUAAUGGCUAAUAUUAAAUUCAUUGAGCACCAAA